UGAGAGUCAACGGGAGGAGUGCCGGACUACAAUCCUGGUGCGGUGGCGGUCAAUGAGGGACCGCUAUAAGAAGGACUACAACGAGGAGGUCAAGCGCCCGAGUGGUUCAGGAGGAAGCCAAAAGCGGCCGUACCGUUAUGCGGCCGCAUUAGGUUUUCUUAGGAGAACCCUACAGCUGCGAAGCACAUCUAGCAGUACUCGGGCGCAACAAGCUCCUCGUGAAGUCCUUCCAGAGUCCGGAGCUCAAGAGGCGGUCCCCGAAGAGCCGCCCACCGCGGGUCCCUCACGUCCUACUCCAACAGCUGGUCGGGACCUCAAUGUUCCCCUACCUGUGCCCUCUGGCGACGCAACAAUGGCCACAAUGGCACCACUUUUUGAGGCAUUGAUGCGUCGCCAGAGGACCGGUAGGAGCCGUCAGGCGGACUACGAGGAUCUCACAAGGCUCGUUUACGAGUCCUUGAUGGGAUAUACCAAUAGGAUUGCCGCUUUGGAGGAACAAGUGCGACGUCUGCAGGAGGGGGCGGUGCAUACGUCGCAAUUGGGUCCUGUGCAUCACUAUUGGUAUUCGUUGCUCCCCGUGAUGGAACGAUUUACGCCCGACCAGUUGUUUGAGGCCCGAAGACAGGUGGACAGUGUCUUGUGGCAAGUUCAGCACCGCCCCACAUCCUAUCCCCCAUCCAUGCCCUAUCCCCCAUCCAUGCCCUAUCCCCCAUCCAUGCCCUAUCCCCCAUCACAACCUCAACAACCCCCUACCCAAACUACCUACCCACCUUUCCUACCUCCUCAUCCCCCAUCCCAGCCUCCACAUUCCACCGAGCACUUUUCUCACCACUUUUCUCCUUCUCCUCCUCAAUAUUUUCCAACUAGCAGUUUCAACACUCCUUCUACUCUGGCUCGGUCAACUCCUUCUCCCGCUCCCCCAUCCAGAUUGAAUACUCCCUCUGUUGUGCUUGCCACAACACACACUUUUAUGUCCACAGGGGCACAGGAACGAGGGGGACCAACCAGUGUUGAAACCUCCACCACCCAACCUUCUACUCCCACCACUCCCACCGGUCCUACUUACAGGCAUUUGUAG